CCUUGUUCCUUUUCUCCCAUAUUAAUAUUCAAUUAUUGCAUUGCAUUUCACAAUCCAACUAAACAAAAAAAAACAAAAAAAAAAUUAAAGAAGAAGAAAAAGCAACCACUUUCUCUUUUUCUUCUUCUUCUCGUUUCAUCCAUCUAGGUUUUUACAAACCAAAUUCUCGUAACUUCAGUUGCAUCCUUACCCAACUCAAAAAACCAAAAACAAAAAACAAAAAACAAAUCUUUAAGAAACUCGAGUGGUGAUAAGUUGUAAUCUAGUAUUUAGUAAUUAAGCUUGAUUGAAGUGUUUGAUAGGAGAACGUGUUUGUUGGGGUUUGGAAUCUUUGCAAAUAUCUUGGAUCUCUGAGCAUGACCGGGAACCAAGAGCAGUUUGAGAUCAAGUUUAGGUUGACAGAUGGUUCUGAUAUUGGCCCGAAGAGUUUUCCAGCUGCUACUAGUAUUGCAACAUUGAAAGAAAGUAUUCUUGCUCAAUGGCCAAAAGAUAAGGAGAAUGGACCAAAGACUAUAAAAGAUUUGAAGUUAAUUAGCGCAGGAAAAAUACUGGAGAACAACAGCACAGUUGGGGAAUGCCAGAGCCAGAACCCUUUAUGUGAUACACCCGGUACAGUUACAACAAUGCAUGUGGUUGUGCAACCACCUACUACAGACAAAGAGAAGAAGGCUGCAAGCGACGCAACACAGCAAAGAUGCGGUUGUGUUAUUUUAUAGCAUAAGAUCGAAUAGCAAAUGUCAUCAUCUUUCUUAGGUGGUUACGGUUAGAUACCUUUCGUUCGUUUUUCACACGUAAUCUGCGGCUUUCAAAUAUUUCCUCAUACACAAAUUAUUUGGCUGCAUACCUCAUAUUGUUACUACAGGAAAAGAGUAUUGUGGUUCUCUGUGACAGACAAAACAAAACUCUUGUACAAUUUUCAUAGAUGUUUUAUUUCUGGUCAUAGUCCUCAUAAGCCACUUACUGAAUUGAACUCUCUCUCUACAAGUUUACCAUUGUUGUAUUGUAUCUGAUGUGUAUUUUGAGAUUCUUGUUAUUAUACCUGUGCCUGGUGAAAAAUGUUUGCAGACUUAACUGUGUUGAAUAUUUGAAUGUGCUUUAUUUUGGGUUA